ACCAAAUCGUGGCUUGUCAAGUUUUGUUGUGGGAACUGCAACAUUGUUUGUUUACGCAUUCAAGCGCUCGCACGCGAAACAAAACACCGGGCAGAGUUCCCAAACUCUCAUUCUCCCGGGAAUUUCUCGGCGCCCUGGGCUUUUCUCAAGGCGCGGAAACCAAAUGACACCGGCCGUUCCGCCAGCCGCGGCCCCGCGUUCGGCAGCCGGCUCCCUCCUAGGCCUUUAGCCGAGGCCUUGCCCGCCGCCUCGCCCUCGCCUGGAUUCCCUGCGGGGAUUGGGUGACCCCGGCUCGGUCGAGACCCUCGGGUCCGCAAGGUGCGGGAUAGGCAUGGCGUGAGGCGGCGGUGAAGGUGGCAAAGGCGGGCGAAGCGAGGCGAUGGCUUCUGCUACUGCCUCCUCUUCUGCUGCUGCUGUGUCCGCAGCAGAGGCGGAGCGAGGAGCCGCGGACGGUCUGGACCCCAGGAUCAAGGAGGAACUGGAGAAAUUAAACCAAGCAAGUGAAGAAAUCAAUGAGCUGGAAGUAAAACUCACAGCUACCAGAGCUGAGUACUGCAGGGUUCUGUCUGAAUCGGCCAAGAAGCUAAAUGUGUGCGCAACGAAGUUGGGCAGCUGUGUGGAGCGGGCACGGCCUUAUUAUGAAGCCAGACGGCAAGCCAAAGAGGCCCAGGCGGAGGCACAGCGCGCUGCACUGCGGUACGAGCGCGCCGUCAGCAUGCACGCCGCCGCCAGGGAGAUGGUGUGCGUGGCCGAGCAGGGCCUGGCCUGCAGGGGCGGCACCCUCGAUCCAGCCUGGCAAGAGAUGCUCAAUCAUGCCACCAUAAAGGUGAAUGAUGCAGAGGCCGACCGCCUGCACAGUGAGAGGGAACACCAAAGCCGGGCGCUCCGCUCCCAGAAUGCCGAGCGGCACCUGCAACAGCUGGCAUCGUCGCUGCGCCGCGUGGUGAUGAAGUCGCGACCGUACUUCACUCUCAAGGCGACGCUGGGAACUCAGCUCGAGGAGAACAAAUCCAACGUGACGUCGCUGGAAAAGAAGGCCCGCGAUGCCAAAGCUCGCUAUGCAGCCGCCCUGCGGAGCCUUGAGAAGAUCAGUGAGGAGAUGCACAAAGAACGGCAGCUUCGGCCCCAGCAGCAGCAGAAGCAGCCGUCCCCGCAGCCCGGCCAGCUGCCGACCCAGCAACAGGAACCUGAUCAAGAGAACCAGCAAAUCAAUCAACAACACAGGCAUCAAGAGCUGCCAAAUGACCUUCAGCGAGACUGGGGGCAAAGCGCCAAACAGAACAACGACCGACAGCAGGGAAACGGUCAAAGCCAACAGGAGUCGAUCGAUAAUCGGCAGCAGACAUCCGUGCAAAAGCAAAUUCACAGAGGAGAGUGUGCACCACAAACACAGAGCCGGCAGCAAACCCAGUCAUGGAAAUCCAGCAAUAAGGAAGCAGGAAGUCCUGGCGAUGGAACUGCAUCCCCGGAGUGGGAUUCCCAUGAUCCCCUGGGUGUUGCUCCGCUCUCCGCCGUUCCCACCAUCAAGCUGAGCCGCGCGGAGACAGGCGCCACCUCGGAGUCUGGUUCGGAUGAGGAUUUCAUCGAGGCGGUGCAAGUGAACGUGCCGACGCUCACCUGCGUUCCAGAGCUCGAUGCCGUGGGCGAAUUUUACCUGCCGGAAGACGAGGUGGAGGAGGAGGAGGAGAAGAACGUUGUGCAGUGGGAUGGUCUGCCACCACGGCAGGGCAGGAAGCAGCCAGAGCGAAGUGUACGCGAUGUCUUGGGGGCGGAGGGCCAGGCCAUGCCCCCGCUAUUCCGGGACGGAUCGGAAGGUGGCACUACCCACUCCCUAGCGGCGCUCAACGCCCUCCGCUCCGACGCUGACCUGGAAUUCGCGCUGAGCUUCCAUGCCGCGGAAUCGGAGCUGGCGCUGCCACCGGACACGUGGCCCGAGCCAGACGGCGACUCGCUGUCGCUGGGAAGCCUGCGCAGCUUCGCAUCCGACCUGCAGAAGUGCGACUCGGUGGAUCACCUGGCCGGGCUGGCCGACACCCUGAGUCUGUGUGGGAGCGACGGAGGAGCCGGGCCGAGGGCAGGAGGUGAGGGGCGAAGAGGGACAGGGACGGCGGUGUCGACAGAGGCACAGGCGGCCGCGGCCGCAGGGGGCUCGGCACUCUGGGUGCGAGGGAGCAGUAAGCAGCACCAGCGCAGCAUCAGCAUGUGACUGCGGUGGUCGGUGUUUCGACAGUACAUGCAAUUGACCCUGGAGGGUGAGCGUGUGAGUAAGUAAGGGGGGUUACCUAUCAAGACAACAAGUGUCUCCGUGUUCAAAUGAGUGUGGCGUGGCACUCCUCCAUUGGCUCUUCAUUGCUGAUUGUGGAAAUGCUGCAUUCCUUUGUCAGCCCAGUCUCUGCUGAUGACUUCCCACACACAAGUGCUCAGCUAAUUGACCCAGGAGCCAUGGUAAGGGCAGUGUGCUCAGUUGGCCCUGGGCAGCUAGAAUUUGAAUUUUACAACAUUUUCAUUGAUAAAUUGAAUGCUCUGGAACAAGCACAACCAGGCUGGAUAUGUAGAGAGAUUAUUAUUGAAUUAAAAUACCAAAUUAAUGAGCAAUGCGGCAGUGCUUAUCUCCUUUGUUGGCGCCCCCUGAGUCAGGGGUGGAAACUUUACUUUUUUGCCGCAGGAUUUAAUCUCGGGCUGUCCACAAAGCGCCCACCCACCUCAAUCAACCCUGAUAGGAUGAAGGACUUUCUAAAAGAGAAAAGUCUCUAGCCCUUGAACUGGCUGCCUGCCUGCCCCUCUUGAAAUUUAAGCUUGAGUGGAAGAAGGGGAGAAGGAAGGUAGAGGUCGGAGUCAGCAGUGGAGAUGACUUGGGGAGGGGCGGGAGGGCGUUCCACACAAUGCGGACAACAGAAUAGUCACUUUCUGUGCAGCACUAAUCAUCUGCCCGCUCGUUUGAACACUGAGACACGUGUAUUGAACGCAUGUGGGACGACGGCCUGAUUUGCAAAAUCACAAUGUGUGUGUGUCUACGUGGAAACGAGCCCUUUUUGAGUUGUCCUCUGCUUUACUUAACGCUGACCCCCUAUAUCACGUGCACUCCAAUAACACUACUGAUAAGCGUUUAAUGCUCUGUGCGCAACCAACAUUGUAACGCUAUUCGUAUCGCCUGCUUGACGGCUAGGGACGAAUAGCAAAUCGUACUAUUUAAAUAACGGGUCACUGCUGUCAUCCAUCAAGUAUCGGAUGUCUGAAAGAGUUAUUAUUUGGAUUUUGCUGGUGUGCAAUGCCACUUCUAGGUGUCUGGGGGUAUGUGGGGUAAAUGUCUGUGUCCGCGUAUGCAUGAAAACAUAUUGUACAGCACUGGAAUUUGAUAUGCAGCAAGCUUGGCAGCUUGAAUGUUAAAUAUAACUUAUUUUUUGUAAGCUAUUUUUUUAUAUUAUAUCAAACGCAUAGAGAACAAAAUAAUUUAGGCUUAAUUUAAUAACCUACUAAGUGGCGUUUAGUUGUGCAUUUUACAUAUUCAACUUAGCACCUGUGAAUAUAUUCGAAAAUCUAUCGAGUUGACUAAGAUGGCGCAGAAUACUCGGUGGUUGUCAUACAGCAACUGAGGUGGCACUACUGGAAUCCAGAGUUUGUGUGUCUCACCUGUGAUUGAAAUGGGCAUUCUCAGUUCUAGAGAGGUGAUGAGGCUCAAUCUGACCAACAAAUACUGCAUAAAAAUAAAACUCAAUAAGUGCGGUCUAUGGUCAAUUCUUCAGCCAAGCUCCGAUUAAAAUCUAAGCACUCUUUGUAAAACGUGUAAAGGAGGAGAAAUCUCGCUUUGAGUGGCAGAGGCUGAUUGAAGUAGUUCAGUUAUAUCUCUCCGAGGGCUGUUCUGGGAUGUGAUCUUCUGCCGGCUAUUUGAAUUUCAGAAGAAUGCUUAUUUUGUCUCGUGUCAUUACCGUACUGUGAUACGUAGUCAUAGAAAAUACAUUGUUUUGUAAGUGGAGCGAGUUGUACAUAGAACAUGAUCAGUCUUAACUGAAGGUCCACUCUACUAUGCGUUUCACAUGAGAGCCAUCGCCACCCGUGUUGAGAGUGAACUUUGCCUGGAUACAUUGCCUUAACCAGAGUGUAUGGCGCUGUGUGUGUACGUUGGUUGGUCGGUCUCUCGUGUGGGUAUGAACAACACCAGCGUUGCUAGAGCCAACUGAUAUUGAGUAGCAGAAAAUGUAUCGCAUAACUUUCACUGAUGCUGCCCCCCCCCCUCCCUAUGACUAGCACACUGGACUUGCAAUCCAGAGGUUACCUAUUCGAUCUCACACAGCUGUUAAACAGAGGGCAGGUUUCUUAAACCGCCCUCCCCCCCCAGGCUCUGUCCACCCAGCAGUAUAAAUGGGCGCACCACAGUUGAUCGGCAGGUCAUGUGUGGUGGGUAAAGCGUGGGUAUCCCCACCUCUUCCAAGACGUGUGGUCAGUAUGGAAGAGUAGGAUAAAAUACCGUACAAGGGGACUAAUAGAGCUGCUCCCCUUAGAGGAGUCGCUUCUACCGACAGUGGUGUGAGCACGAUAUUGCAACAACAACAAAGAUAUAAUUGAAUGCUCGAAAUCAAAAUAGGUGUUUAAAGGUCAAAGUGUCUCUAGCUCAAACUAACGUGACGUGACACUCGUCUCUAUCGUAUGUAUGUUGAACUUAUUUUGCACCGUAUGUAGCCAAGCGUGCUGUUGGUGGCCCUCAGCCAGCAAUGGAAAUCCGACAUUGUUAGCCUGCCACAAAUUGGUACACACAGACAGACGAUGGGCUGAGUUGAACUGCUCUCUGACCAUACUCUUUGUUUUUUGCGGUAAAGUCACGUAGGCUAAAAAAUUAAAUAAUGUAAAAUGAAAACAACUCAAUUAAAUCACGACGUUUCGGGCACAACACAAGCUGUCCGUCUUCAGGUGGGGACAAAACACAGCGAAAGAAGAAUCGCUUAAGUAUGCCGUGUUGCGCCCCAAACGUCGUGAUUUAAUGUAGUUUUCAUAUUUAUUUUAUUUUUUACCUACGUGACUUUACCGAAAAAACCAAAGAGUAUGGAUCCUUUCAGUCACGAAAACAUGAAAUCUAGAACUGCUCCCUGACCGUUUGUUGAAAUGAAAACCUUCCAACAGCUCUAGACACGGUGGUGCCUGGGUUUGUUACUAAAAAAAUAGCUGCGAUUUAACACAAGGGUGGUUUAAAUAUAUAUUUAUUUUUUUGCUUGUGUUGAAUGUAGUGUAUUGUGAGUUCAAGUAGCUGUGCGCACUUUUACACGAUAGGUAAUACGUGGUUUGUGCUUUAUGUUCUGGACAGAAAAAUGUAGAAAGUUUAACUUAAAUAUAAUUGUAUUUUUUAUGUGGCUGUCAAAACCUGGCAUGACCGAACUACUGAUUCAUUAAUCUUACGCCUUACGCACUGUGCACUCUUGGGUAAUCAUGCAUUGCUGUAAUCAGAUUCGUUUUGCUCAGCUGGAACUGAUUACUUAUGAGGAUGACUCUCAAUUACAAAUAAUUGAAAGGUAGUUAAAACUAAUUGACAUGGGGAAAUGAUUGUGUCAGCAGCUUGGGUUAAUAAAAUCCAUAAAUGACGAUAAAGCCCCACCAUCGUAACAGGGCUAAGCUGUAAAACUACGAGUUUCAAAUAACACACGCACAGACACGUGUACUCGGCACACGAGUGCGUUAAGCAAAAAUCAGUCGGCAUUUCCUGCAGUAGUGCAUUGUGGUCCUCUUGUCCUAGGUCACUGUCAAAAUAAAUGUGAGUACACGUGACCGGACUGACUUAAUUUAUUCAUUAUUAUUUUUGUUACGCGCACAAAAUGAGCCUGAAAGUCUGAAAGUAUGUAUAAUGUAUGUUGAACUUCGUUUGCAUCGUACUUAUAGCCAACCGUGCUUAAUCGGAGGUGCGAAAAUACACUCCGUGGUCACAUCUAACCGUGGAAGUGGAGACGUACAUGGGUUUCCGCAGGCAGACUUCGCAGCAGAGAGCAUUUGUGACGACUGUACCGAUGAGUCCGAAAAUGACAAAACCGGUCCACAGUUUGUCUAUCGCUGCGUCGGUGCUGCCUGUCAUUCGGUCACAUUUGCUCAAAUGUAUUCGGUUGGUGACCUCUUAAGACAAGAGCCACAGUGCAGUUCUGCAGGAACUGUCGGUGGCUUUCUUGCAUACGCUCAGAGGCAUGGCGCUGUUUGCAGGUGGUGCCGUGUUCUUUUAAACUUUAGCUGAUGCAAGGACGGCAGUGGUCGGGUGAAGACGGAAUCCACCACAGGCUGAAAUCUAAUUAGAGUGCUGUUGGGUUGACAUUAACGACAACAUAUUAGAAUUGAACAAGUUAAUUAUUAUUAUUAUUAUGUUCAUUUGAAAAUGCUAAAUAUGAGAUUAUUGUUACAUUGCUUCUAAAACAUGGAGCAAUCAGUCGACAGACUGAUUAUAUUGCAUCAGCCCCAAUUCUGACCAAUAUACAUCCGGUUAAUAUAUAUACUGCGGAAAUCAAAACACAUUGUACAACGUGAAUCAAUCACUGUCGCUGCACUAAUAAUAUAAAAUGUGUGUGUGGGGGCUACGGCGGCAAAUAAAUACUAACGGACUACGUAAUCAACCGUGACGCUUAUGCACUGUGUCAGCAAAGGUAUCACCUUCUCAAGUGACAGCAUUAAACAUUUAUAUAGACUGCAUUGACGCGGCAGUCAAAAGCGAUGCCGUGUAUGACCAUAGUGCUCAACGCUAGCGCACACUUUUUAAAGGCCCUCGCACACCAUACAGGUGUUCUUCUAUAGGCGUAGCCACUGCCAGUGACUUCGUGUAUGCCCCGUAGCACACGUGGUGCCGUAUAGCCGGUGAUCUUUUAAAGCAGAUAAAAAUGGAACCGUUACAUUUGUUGUGAACAUCAACUCAUUUGACGUCGGUCUUUUGCUGCUCUUAGCAAUUGUUGGAUGGUGGUUUUCUCAUGGAAAUCCUACAUUGCCAUGAAAUGUGGCCGGUCCCUGCAUUGAUAUGAUCACUCUUGAUUUAUGCUACUGUUGUAGGUACACGUACAGUAAUUUGUCAGUCCACUGCUGGAUGAAGGCCUCCCCACACUGCAAGCUAUGAGGGGGGGGCAUUAUAUUUCACGUUACGUCUACUACCACCACGCUGGUCCAUGUAUGUUGACGGAAAUGGGGAGCAUAGAUGAGGGAACAUAGACGUGCAGUACAACAUUGCAUUCUGUUGCGCCACAUUCUACUGACCACCAUGUAGCACAGCUCCGCAUCCGCCAAUGACAGCCUGGCAAGCGUGGGUGGUUGUCUAUCCGAGUAUUAUCUCGGAUCAAACCCUGCUUAGCUUCUGAGAUGUGACAAAAUUGGGUGCAUUUUCGUCACAUGCUUUUCGGGUCGAUGGACUUGCCGGCAUUGCACCACGUUGAAUGGGCAAGCAGUCAGCCACACUAACGACUGUGAGCCCGUGCAGCGCUCGGUUGAAAGUUUGUUUCGAGUCGUGCUAAGCCUGGAACUUUAAAUGUGUAAAUUGUUCACAUUUAUUUGCACCAAUGUUGGACGAGUGUCCACAAACACUUAAUGUUUAAAAUAAGACUACUGAAGCUGGUGUCUGCUGCUGGGCUACGGCGAUAAAGUGUGAUUGCACGUGCGCUUGAUGUACAAUGACAUGCGUGUACGUGUGUAUGAUCAUACGUAAAGUGAAUGUAUGCAAACGUGUUGUGCGUCUACGUGUAGUGAGUUUACCCGAAAUGUAUGGCAAAGUACAUCAUGCGUAUGCACAAUAGAACAAUAAAGAAUGUUGUUGCAUUUUUUA